AUGCUAACCCCCAUUGGUAUUGACGUUGGAGUCAUGUACUCAUCCGUUCCUGCCUUACAACAUCACAGGGUGCAUGUCGUUCCCGACGCCCAAGGCCGUAAGAGGAUUCCAACUUUUUCGCUUAUUCAGGACCAGGAAUUGGAAUCGACAAAUCCUCCAGCCGAUGGCCUUAAUGAGAUGGAUCGAACCUAUGCACCAAGCUUCACGCCACCUCCGUUGGAUGAGCAACGCCUUACUAUACUCUUCGCUAGACUGAAGGCUUAG